AUGGAUGGGCACGUUCAGAAACUGGUUGAGAAAAUUCAAACUCAGUGGUGCGGUAGACCAAAAGCUGCAGUGGAUAUCAUGAAGAACUUCAGAUUUCUUGCUGUUGAUGUUCUUUCACAGCUGGCAAUUGGGAAGCCAUUUGGAUGUGCGGAUGCGGAUAAAGAUGUUCACAACUUUAUCUCAAUUUUUAAUGCAGGCACAAGAGUACAAACCUCUCUAUCUAUUCUGCCGGAGUUGAAGAACCUUUUGAUUAUGUUUUCUCAUAUUCCGCUAUUGGGCGGAUAUCUUGCACCAAGUCCUGGUGAUGGAUCUGCUCUCGGUAAUAAGCUAAAUCCCUCGCCGAUUAUCCAAAACGUGGUGAGAGAAAGAUUUGCGAAACGAGGGCCGAAGGUAGAAAUGCUCGACAUGUUCAUCGCACGAGGCCUCACAGAAAAAGAUGCCAUGGAAGAACUGCUCAUAAUCAUGAGUGCGGGUAUUGAAACAACCACUACAGCAUUCGAAGCGAUCCUUUUCCUAAUGCUACAGACCCCCGGUGUAUUACCAAAGCUUCAAAAGGAAAUAGAUGCAGUACUCGCCUCAGACUCUUCAUACCCUAUUAAAGCAUCCACUAUCCAUAAGAUGUCAUAUCUCCAAGCCUGCAUAUCAGGGGGCUUCGUAUCUACCCACCUUCGAAACCAUUUCAUUCCCGGUGGAACCUUCGUCGGUAUCAAUUCCAAAGCUGCGCAACUCAGUAGGGCUUUUGGUGACGAUGUUGAGAAGUUCCGACCUGAUAGAUGGCUAGAGGGUGACGCCGAUGUUUUGGCCCAGAUGAGUCGAAAUUUGGAAUUGGUGUUUAAUUACGGGAUUACGAAGUGCUUAGGCAUGAAUAUUGCUUGUAUGGCGUUGGAUAAAGUGAUAUUUGAAGUUUUUAGGAAUUUUAACGUUGGUCUUGAUGAGCGAUCCAGGCCAGUAGGGGUUGAGACUGUACCUCGAACCUUAUCUUUGCGAGUGUCUCCAAGAACCGCCGAAAAUAGUUGA